GAAGAGCAAAAGAGCGAAUGAGAAAACCGCGCAGCAGGGUGAGUUAGCUUUCUACCUAACUGACUGUAGGAGAGAGACGAGGUGAGGUUGUUCUUCGUCCUGUGCGCGUUUGUGGACCUUUCCUGCACUUUUAUGCGAAAAGACAACGAAAUUAAUCGUCCUGUCGGGGUUUGUGGUGUUCUUCUUCAGAAUAUCCUGCUUUUACAUGUUAACAGAGCGCUGAAGAUAGAGGGUGUUGAAGAUGGCAGUAUGGAUCCAGGCCCAGCAGCUCCAGGGGGACGCUCUCCAUCAGAUGCAGUCCCUCUAUGGCCAGCACUUCCCCAUCGAGGUGCGCCACUACCUGUCCCAGUGGAUUGAAGGCCAAAUGUGGGACUCCAUUGACCUGGAGAACCCGCAGGAGGAGUUCAAGGCGAAGCGUCUGCUAGACAGCCUGAUUCAGGAGCUGCAGAAGAAGGCGGAGCACCAGGUGGGCGAGGACGGCUUCCUGCUCAAGAUCAAGCUCGGUCACUACGCCAGUCAGCUGAAGAGUACCUACGACCGCUGCCCGCUGGAACUAGUGCGAUGCAUCAAGCACAUUCUCUACACCGAGCAGAGGCUGGUACAGGAGGCCACCAACUCGAGUUCACCGGUGGGCGGGAUGAUGGACAGCAUGUCCCAGAAGUACCAGCAGAUCAACCAGGCGUUCGAGGAGCUGCGGGUCCUGACGCAGGACACGGAGAACGACCUGCGCAAGCUGCAGCACAAUCAGGAGUACUUCAUCAUCCAGUACCAGGAGAGCCUGCGCAUCCAGGCUCAGCUGUCCAGCCUGGCCACCCUGCCCCCAGCCGACCGGCUGCUAAGAGAGCCCAGCCUACAGAGUAAGAGGGCCACUGUGGAGGCCUGGCUCACCCGGGAGGCCAACACACUACAGAAGUACAGACUGGACCUAGCGGAGAAGCAUCAGAACACCCUGCAGUUGCUGCGGAAACAGCAGACCGUCAUCCUGGACGAUGAGCUGAUCCAGUGGAAGAGGCGGCAGCAGCUUGCUGGAAACGGAGGGCCGCCCGAGGGGGGCCUGGAUGUCCUGCAGUCAUGGUGUGAGAAGCUGGCGGAGAUGAUCUGGCAGAACCGGCAGCAGAUCCGGCGGGCCGAGCACCUGAGACAGCAGCUGCCCAUUCCGGGGCCCAUUGAGGAGCUGCUGACCGAGCUCAACAGCACCAUCACAGACAUCAUCUCUGCACUGGUCACCAGCACCUUCAUCAUCGAGAAGCAGCCACCGCAGGUCCUGAAGACGCAGACCAAAUUUGCAGCCACGGUGCGGCUGCUUGUAGGGGGAAAGCUCACAGUGCACAUGAACCCCCCUCAGGUCAAGGCCACCAUCAUCAGUGAGCAGCAGGCAAAGGCCCUGCUGAAGAAUGAGAACACCAGGAAUGAUAGCAGCGGAGAGAUCCUCAAUAACAACUGUGUGAUGGAGUACCAUCAGACGACCGGGACGCUCAGCGCCCAUUUCAGGAACAUGUCUCUGAAACGCAUCAAGCGCUCGGACAGGCGUGGGGCCGAAUCGGUUACAGAGGAGAAAUUCACCAUUCUGUUUGAGUCGCAGUUCAGCGUGGGUGGCAAUGAGCUAGUAUUUCAAGUCAAGACAUUAUCGCUUCCUGUGGUGGUGAUUGUUCACGGUAGUCAAGACAACAAUGCCACAGCAACGGUGCUUUGGGAUAAUGCUUUUGCUGAGCCGGGUCGGGUGCCCUUCAUCGUGCCUGACAAGGUGAUGUGGCCACAGCUGUGCGAGGCCCUCAACAUGAAGUACAAGGCUGAAGUGCAGAGCAACCGGGGGCUCUCUGAGGAAAACUUGGUCUUUCUGGCCCAGAAGGCCUUCACCAGCUCUAGCAUCAACCCUGAGGACUAUCGCAACCUGACCAUGUCUUGGUCGCAAUUCAACAGGGAAAGUCUGCCAGGCCGGAACUUCACCUUUUGGCAGUGGUUUGAUGGAGUCAUGGAGCUCACGAAAAAGCACCUUAAGCCGCACUGGAACGAUGGUGCCAUCCUCGGCUUUGUCAACAAACAGCAGGCCCAGGAAAUGCUGAUGUCUAAACCCAACGGGACGUUUCUGCUGCGCUUCAGUGACUCAGAGAUUGGGGGCAUCACCAUCGCCUGGGUGGCUGACAACCCCAGUAAAGCAGGAGAAAGAAUGGUGUGGAACCUCAUGCCUUUCACAACCAAAGACUUCUCUAUACGCUCCCUGUCUGACCGCAUCAGCGACCUCAACCACCUGCUGUUCCUCUACCCCGAUCGGCCAAAGGACGAGGUCUUCUCCAAAUACUACACGCCUCCCCUGUCGAAAGCAGUGGACGGCUACGUCAAACCCCAGAUCAAGCAAGUCGUACCUGAGUUUGCUACAGCCAGUCCAGACCCGAUUGGUGGGAACCCCACGUACAUGGAUCAAGCUUCUCCGGCUGUCAGUCACCCUCAUAACUACGGCAUGUACCCAGCCAUGAGUGACUCGAUGCUGGAUGCAGACGGUGAGUUUGACCUCGAUGACACCAUGGAUGUAGCGAGGCAUGUGGAGGAGCUUCUGCGGCGGCCGAUGGAGACCCAGUGGAGCGGCCAGCAGUCGUGACCGCUGACCCCGUCAAAAGAAAGCACCCU